GUAUGUGUGUGUGUAUAUAAAAACAAAGAGUUGAUACCCGACUACAAUUACUUCACCUCAGUUUCUUCUUCCUUCUCUGACACCCAUCAACCUUUUCUCUUUCCUCUUGAUCUGGGCCAUGAUCUUUUUUGCUUCUUGAUCCUCAUCAAUGCGUGGUUUGUAGUCCAAUGGCUCUUUAUCGGCUCGAAAAGGAUGGAAGAGAGCUGAGAAUCCAUGAAAAUGCAGAUGAACUUAGAAGCAACUUGGCCGAGUAUAUCGCGGACCUGUCGGAGGCUUCGAUAAAAGAACGUGGUACAUUUGCCGUUGCUUUGUCCGGUGGCUCACUCAUUACCUUGAUGGGAAAACUCUGUGAAGCGCCUUACAUCAAAACCAUUGAUUGGGCCAAGUGGCACAUAUUUUGGGCGGAUGAGCGGGUGGUCGCCAAAAGUCAUGCUGAUAGCAACUAUAAGCUUGCAAAAGAUGGUCUCUUUGCUAAGGUGCCUGUUAUAUACAGUCAUGUGCACUCCAUCAACGACACAGUGAGCGCUGAACGAGCUGCUGAGGACUAUGAGUUUGUCAUAAGGCAGCUCGUCAGGACUCGUGUGAUCAACGUCUCUGAGAUCAACGACUGUCCUAAGUUUGACCUUGUCCUCCUUGGAAUGGGACCUGAUGGGCACGUUGCAUCUCUAUUUCCCAAUCACUCGGUGCUUAGUGAGAAACUGCAAUGGGUGACUUUCAUCACUGAUUCACCCAAGCCCCCACCAGAGAGAAUUACGUUUACGUUUCCAGUCAUAAACUCCGCCUCCAAUGUUGCUGUGGUCGUCACAGGUGGCGGCAAGGCCGAGGCUGCACACUUGGCAAUCGAUGAUAUUGGUCCUGACCGUCCAAAAUUGCCUGCAAGAAUGGUUCAGCCUACCCAAGGGAAGUUGGUAUGGUUUCUGGAUAUUGCAGCUGCUUCCAAACUUGACAGCGCUAGUUUCUGGGAGUAGGAUCGAGUUUGAGCGCUUCUGCGGAAGCCUAGUUUUGUAUAUGUAGCGUUGGAAUAUGGAAACUUUGGUACUUGGUAUUCUCCUCUAUGGUUGGAGCUCUUUGCUAUCUUUUUGACUUAGUCUUACGAAGAAAGUAGCAAGAAGUUCAAAGGAAGAAAAAUGUUAU